AUGGAGAAGAAGGAUCAGAAUGACGAGAGCAAGAGCAUUCACGACAUCCUCCCUCUUGAGCUUAUUCACGGAAUCCUACUGCGGGUGCCAACCAGACAUCUCGCUCGCCUCAGGCUUACCGACAGUACGCAUCUGCAUGGAUUUGGUUAUGAUGCAUCACAGGAUGAUUACUUAGUUGUUGCAGCUUGGGGGGAUUCUGAAAGUCAAGAAGAUCACUUGGAAUGUUUGUCGUUGAAAACCAAUUCAUGGAUUAAUCUUGAUGCUGCACUUCCUAAUCCCUUGGGUAUUUAUCACGGUCGUUCUCGUGGGUUGUUCUUGAAUGGCGCUAUUCAUUGGGUGUCUUCCAAUCUUAAAGAUUACAGGGAUGCUAUUCUUAUCUUUGAUCUCAAGGAAAGAACUUUCUCAAUGAUAUCUGCCCCGGAACAACUGCCAACGAGUGCAUACUUCUAUCCAAGUCUCGCCCUACUAGGAGGCUGCCUAGCCUUGUAUUAUCACAAUAAUGAUAGCUAUAAAACUCACAUAUGGGUGAUGAAAGAAUAUAAAGUGCAAUGUUCUUGGACGCUCUAUCAGAUUCCUUCCUAUGGAGGCUUCCAGCCUCUGUGCUUAUCUAGUAAUAGGUAUAUUAUUGGAAGAUUUUAUCAAAGAGUCUCUUGCAACUCCCUAGUAACAUUAAGGAUAAGGAUAACUAAAGAAGAUGAAAAAGAACGAAUAUCACUCGCCAAUAUGAAAUUUAGCAUAUAA